UUUGUAUAUUCUUCUGUGGAAAGGGAUGUUUUUAUUAUUUUAAAAGUGAAAAAAAUAAAUAAGACACCCAUAAAGAUUUGAUUUUGAGCGAAAUAUAUAAAAGAUAGUGAGAGGACAAGAAGAAGAAGCAAGCAAAAAACAGAGUUGGCAUUUUCCGUCUCUCCUCACUGGACAGAGAUGCCGAGAGACGGUGGCGUUUCGUGUCUACGAAGGUCAGAGAUGAUCGGAAUAGGAAUCGGAGAAUUAGAAUCUCCGCCGCUGGAUUCUGACCAGGUUCACGUUCUAGCCGUUGAUGACAGCCUCGUCGAUCGUAUCGUCAUCGAGAGAUUGCUUCGUAUUACCUCCUGCAAAGUCACGGCGGUUGAUAGUGGAUGGCGCGCUCUUGAAUUCUUAGGAUUAGACGAUGAUAAAGCCUCCGUCGAAUUCGAUGAAUCGACUAGUUUCCGGGAAGUUCCAGUCGUAAUUAUGUCGUCGGAGAAUGUACUCACUCGAAUCGACAGAUGCCUUGAAGAAGGUGCGGAGGAUUUCUUACUGAAACCGGUGAAACUCGCCGACGUUAAACGCCUGAGGAAUUACUUGACGAGAGACGUUAAAGUCGCCGACGGAAACAAAUCAAAGCUUCCUGAAAAUCUCAGCAAUUUCUCUUAUCCGGCACCGAUAACUCCUCUUCCGCCGCCAUCCACCACCGCGAUGGAAUCCUUAGACACUAAUAGUCGACCUUUGCCUCCGGUGGAUUUCGUUUCUUCUUCGCCUCCGUCUCCGAUCGAAUAUGACGAUUCGUUGACAACGUCGCCGGAGUCUUUAACUUCGCCGGUGGAUUCUCCGAUGAGACGGCUGGAGAUGAGGAGUCCCGGAUUAGAUUAGAGAGAUCCGUGUAAUGACUAUCUCCGUUAACUUUUACCAUUGACGGUUUUAUUGACUGCACGUUGACUUGACGCCGUCAGUUAAUAGAUCCCUCUUUGAUAUAUCCACGUGGGCUUCUGUACUCACGAACGAAAAAUCUUUUGAAUUUCUUGUAUUUAAUUGCAUAUAUAUAUAUAUAUAUCGUUAAUUUCUACUUUAAAUUAAUAUUUUCUUUCUGUAAUCAAAUAACUAUCCACAAAAAUACGUUUUUCUUGUGGCAACUUAGCAGGGUUCAAUG